AUGCGCAUCCUGUGCGACGUGUGCGAGGCGGCGCCCGCCAAGGUGUUCUGUGCUGCAGACGAGGCGGCGCUAUGCCUGGCAUGCGAUAACAAGGUGCAUGGGUGCAACAAGCUGGCCAGCCGCCACGUGCGCUUAGAACUCGCAGAGGCGCGCGCCAUCCCGCGCUGUGACAUCUGCGAGAACGCGCCUGCCUUCUUCUACUGUGCAGUGGACGGCACGUCUCUCUGUCUGCAGUGCGACCUGGAUGUGCACAUAGGCGGCAAGAAGGCGCACGAGCGAUACCUGCUCAUGGGGCAACGCGUGGAGCUCCCCAAGACUCCCCCCGCUCCAGCUGAAGACCCCACCCAGCCUGCCCUCCCCUCCCCAGGGGGGGGCCCUCCGGACCACCAACUCCGCCCAGGCGCGCAGGGGGGUGGUGGGGGUGGUAACCCGACUGGUAACCCUACUGGUAACCACAUGUGGAACAUGGGAAAUGCAGAUAUGGGAGGUGGGAACAUGGGGAACGGGAACGUGGGGAAUAAUGUGCAUGGGGGGCGGGGGCACAUGGGGGCAGGUCAGGGGAACGUGCAAGGGGGGGUUGGUUUGUGGCAAGGUGGGGGGAAUGUGGAUGGCGGUGGGGAUGGUGAGGGAGGGAGAGGUAUUGACAAUGGUGCCGGUUUUAGCCCUGCUGCAGGCGGGACAGCAGCAGGCGGAGGGGGUGGAGGAGGGGCGGGGGGAAGUGGAGGAGGAAGAGGUGGAGGAGGGGUGACAGGAGGCGGAGGCAGGGGAGGGACAGGGGGAGCGGGGGGGACAGAGGGUGGGGGAGGAUCGGGAGGGUUGACAGGUACGGCGACGGGGACAAUGCGGGCUCUGACCUUGAACGUGGGCGGAAGGGGGGGUGGGGGAGAGGGGGGCAGUGGGAGCGCUCUACAGGAGAGGGCUGGGGCAGGGGUAGGGGGAGGGGUAGGGGGAGGGAUAGGGGGUGGGGGUGGGGUAGGGGUAGGGGCAGUGGCAGGGAAUGGGUUGUAUGGUUUGCGGUCCGGUGCUGCUGGGUUGGGGAUAGGGAUGGGGAUGGGGACUGGGAUGGGGGUUCGGAAAGCGGGGCCAGCAGGAGGAGGGAGAGGAGGCGAGGAAGGGGGGGCUAGGAGUAUGGUUAUGGGCAACGUGAGUGACGCCCCUGCUGUGGCUAUAGCUGUGGGGGAUGAUGAGAUCCCUGCGUUGGCGGAGAGUGGUGGAAUGCUGCUGUUGCCGUUUCCGUUUUCCUCCGGUCUCUCUUAUGUUUUUUUUUCCCAAAACUUGGAUGCUUCUGUGCUCCUUCUCACAGCAGUAGUGAGCUUGUGGCUGCAGGCGGGGAGCAAUGGAGGGGAGCUGAGCAGCGAAGUGGGAGUUGUGCCGGAUAUGCCGCCAGAUGAGAUUGCCGUCCAGGCAAUGUGA